AUGAAUUUUGAAAACAGAUGGGUCUUGAGAUCCGCUCUGAACUUCGCAAGUGAUGGAGAAGUAGUCAGAGAAGUAGGUAGAGAGUUCCAGAGAAAAGGACCAGAAAAAGCAGAUUUGGCAAAAGAGUGUUUAACACGAGUUAAGAAAAAGCGAGAAGACGAUCGUAAACCGGGGCGUUUAGCUGUUACGAAAUAUAAAAGUUUAAUAACAAAUUUGACCUCGUAUGAUGACAACACGGCCAUUGAAUUUGUACGCAAUGAAGAAAUGCUCUGGACGCAGUACUGGGUAAAGAUGAAUUCACAGCCCAAAACGGCCACUCGCUUUGUGCAAUUCCAAUCUCUAUCCGACAAUUCACAGCCUGUUGUCAAUAUUGUGCACCAUGCCUGUUUCAGUAGCAACGGCAGAACGUUCAUUUUCUACCCUGAGGCGGUUAAAAACGUGGAUGCGCUCCAAAAUGAAUGA